AAUCCGCACGUGCAGGUGUGUUUGCAUGAUUCGGUUGUUAGCUCUUUCAUGGCUGUAAGUAACUGUAGCCCAUGGAUGAUGGUACUGAUUGCUUUCCCUAUGCACUGCCCACAGGAGGGACUAUGGAUAGUGAAUCUGCAUGAUUAUGGAUCUACUAGUCACUCUCCUCUCCCUUAGUCCAAUGUCAGGCAUUGUCAUGGAGAGGGUUGGCAUGGAUCACUGCUUCUGGAGCAAGAUAAUAUCCUGAGAGAAUUUUGAAAAUCAGGAAAAGAAUGGAAGUAAAUCAGAGUCACAUGCACAAUAAAAGGAAGCCAUACUUACGCCUAAGAUAUGGAUGCCAGAGGAUAAGUAUGACAUGAGCAAAAACCGUAUGGCUUUUCUGAUGUGUGUGACAACAAGGAGGCCUGGUGCAGAAAAGGAUAUUAAAAUAAUGAAUACGUGGUUUGACCAGUUCCAGUUUGAAACACCUUCUGGACAGUGCAUAGAUCCUAAUGGGCAGGAAAUAUUGCCAGCAUUGGAAGAAUUCCGGGAUCAAAUCAAUCAAUCCAAGGAUGAAGUUAGCUGCUGCCUCAUAGUUCUUAUGAGUCAUGGGAGGAGUCAUGGCCUCAUUCAGGGGAAAGAUGGUGUCACAGUCGAUCUUGAUGAUGUAUUUGCACUAUUCAACAAUAUACAAUGCCCAAAGCUCCAAGAAAAACCUAAAAUCUUUAUUAUUCAGGCAUGCAGAGGAGGAAAAGAAGAUCAUGGAGUAGAAGAAAUAGAACAGGUGUUUGAGGAAGCUGAUUGUACUUAUAACUUGAUAGCUAUCAGGAGACUGCCAACAGCUAGUGAUUACUAUGUUGUGUAUUCUACUCAAAAAGGUUAUGUUUCUUUACGUAACAGGAAAAAAGGCUCUAGAAUGAUUGAAGCAAUGGAUGAGGUCUUUUCAGAGCAUGGCAUGAAGAGGCAUAUUGGGGAUUUAUUUACAGAAAUCAACAACAACCUGGCUCACAAAACCUUUAACGUCAAUGGAUACCCUGUGAAAGAGACACUAGUCAUGGAAUCAACUCUGACCAAAGCCCUGUACCUUGCACCAUAACUGUCUAAUCAAUGGAACACCCGCUGCCUCUGGAAGUGCACAAAAUACAGUGAAUAAAAAUAAAAUAAGUAUAGAUAAUAAUGUUUAAAUAGUCACCCUCGUCCAGAUUAUAGCAAAAGUCUUCAGGAUGUUCCUUUUAACUAACCAGUGUUAUUACAGCAUUUUAACAACUAUUUUCAGCACUAGCUUUUUUUUUUUAAGUACUAUUUUUAGAUAGAACUUUUUACAAGAUCUUUGGGGAAAAACAGUUAAAGAUCUUGUAUUUGUCAUCUGCUAUAUAUUUUAAUUUAGAGAGUUUUUCUGUUUGAUCAAAAACUCCUUCUAAAUGGUAACAGCUAAGACCACCAUAUUCUGUAUUUAGCUUCCUCUUAUUAUAACUUAAAACAGUGUCAGGAAAACAGGGUGUGCCUAGAAUGGGAGUGCUUCUCAUAAAACCAAACAAAAAAGAGGCAGAAUCACCAAAUCAAAUACAGUCCUCAAGA